GCACGUAAACUAACAAUAUGAGUAAAAUGGGCAAGAACUUCUUGCUUGAGUCAAGAAACAAGUUACAGUCCAAUGACUCUUACUUGUGGAACUAUAUGUAUACCAACUUUUUCCUUAUCUUGUAUUUGUUCCACUUCACCAACUUUAUACACUUUAUAAAUUAAAGCUUUCAACUCUAAAGAAUAAUCAUCUAAAGAAAAAAAAAUUCCAAGUAGAGAGGCAGAAAGAGUGAGAUGGAGAAGGUUGAACACAAGACAAUGAGAGUGAAUGGGAUAAACAUGCACAUCGCAGAAAUGGGUCAAGGCCCAAUAGUUCUAUUCCUUCAUGGCUUCCCGGAACUAUGGUACUCGUGGCGCCACCAAAUGCAGUUCAUGGCGGCUCACGGCUAUCGUGUGGUGGCACCGGACCUCCGAGGUUUUGGAGAUACCACGGGAGCACCCAAAGGUGACUUCACAAAGUUCACCACCCUCCAUGUUGUUGGUGAUCUUGUGGAACUCCUUAACAUCAUUGCCCCUGAUCGAAAGGUGUUUCUAGUUGGCCAUGACUGGGGAGCUGUGAUGGCUUGGGCCUUGUGUUUGUAUAGACCAGAUAAAAUCAAGGCCCUUGUGAAUAUGAGUGUUCCAUACAACCCAAGAAAUCCCAUUAUACGGCCCAUUGUAGCUAUGCGCGCUAUCUAUGGAGAUGAAUACUACGUUAUAAGAUUCCAGGAGCCAGGAGAAAUAGAAGCAGAGUUUGCUCAAACAGGAACCAAGACAGUAUUGGAGAAGAUGCUGACUCUGCGAGAUCCUGAACCAUUAAAGAUGCCGAAAGGA